AUGAGUACUGAAUCUGCUCUUGUGUCUUCGGUAUCACAAUCUCGUCGCACUAUCUCCUCAUACGACUUGACAACUGGUGAUAACCCUGGCUCGCUUAUUUCCAAACCGCUGUUGACUGGUCCUAACUACGAUACAUGGGCUACCAACUUGCGUUUGGCUCUUAAAGCUAGAAAGAAAUUCGGUUUUGCUGAUGGUUCAAUCCCUGAGCCAGAUGAAAAAUCUGUUGACUAUGAAGAUUGGAUUGCAAACAACUCUCUUGUCACUUCAUGGAUGAAAAUUACGAUCGAUGACAAUCUCACACCAUCGCUUUGUCAUAUCGAUGAUGCUCAUGAGAUGUGGACACACAUUCAAAAACGUUUCGGCGUUAAGAAUGGACAACGUGUUCAACGUAUCAAACAAGAAUUGGCCAACUGCAGGCAGAAGGGGUUGGCUAUUGAAGCCUACUACGGGAAGCUUACACAAAUCUGGAGGAGCUUAGCUGACUACCAAAGUGCUAAGACAAUGGAUGAGGUUCGUAAAUAA